GAACCGAAAUACUAACCAAUAGUACGUACAAGAAAACAAUGGGUAAAUUUCCUACCACCUCCGCCACCGCCACCGCUUCCGCUACCACGGGGUUUAAACUGGUGGGGUACAACAACUUUGUGCGUGCCAAUCCCAGGUCAGAUUUCUUCUCAGUAAAGCGCUUCCACCAUGUAGAAUUCUGGUGUGGCGAUGCCACCAACACCUCCAAGCGCUUCUCGUGGGGUCUCGGUAUGCCCCUUGUCGCUAAAUCUGACCUCUCCACCGGAAACUCGGUUCACGCCUCCUAUCUUCUCCGCGCUGUAAAUCUCCAAUUCCUCUUCACUGCCCCUUACUCUGCCUGCAUUUCUGCUCCUUCCUCCGCCACAAUUCCCAGCUUCUCCGCUUCCACCCACCACUCUUUCACCUCAACACACGGGCUUGCCGUCCGGGCUGUAGGCAUUGAGGUCCAAGAUGCCUUCUCCGCCUUUUCCAUGGCGGUUUCUCGUGGCGCCAAGCCCGUUUCGCCGCCAGUUGUGCUUGGGAAAAAUCAAGCUGCUCUGGCCGAGGUUCAUUUGUACGGUGACGUAGUUCUACGUCUAGUGAGUUAUUCAAAUUCAAUUGAGACGGGCCCUGAUUGUUUUCUGCCAGGAUUCGAGCCUGUGAACCAUGAAAUGUCUUAUCAGGAAUUGGAUUAUGGGAUCAGGAGGCUCGAUCAUGCUGUAGGGAACGUGCCUGAGCUCCGGCCUUGUGUUGAGUACAUAAAAACGUUCACUGGAUUCCAUGAAUUUGCAGAAUUUACGACUGAGGAUGUGGGGACGGCCGAUAGCGGACUGAACUCGGUUGUUCUAGCUAAUAACGACGAGACUGUGUUGUUGCCUUUGAAUGAACCUGUACAUGGAACUAAAAGGAAGAGCCAGAUACAGACUUACUUGGAGCACAAUGAAGGGGCAGGGGUGCAGCAUUUGGCAUUGGUAUCUGAGGAUAUAUUUAGGACAUUGAGGGAGAUGAGGAAGAGGAGUGGGGUUGGGGGGUUCGAGUUUAUGCCUUCGCCACCACCGACUUAUUAUAAGAAUUUGAAGAGCCGGGCUGGGGAUGUCCUGACUGAUGAGCAGAUUAAGGAAUGCGAGGAGUUGGGGAUUUUGGUUGACAGGGACGAUCAAGGGACUUUGCUCCAGAUUUUCACCAAGCCUGUUGGUGACAGGCCAACAAUAUUUAUAGAGAUAAUUCAGAGAAUAGGAUGCAUGCUCAAAGACGAGGAUGGGAAUGUUUUUCAGAAGGGCGGAUGUGGAGGAUUCGGAAAGGGGAACUUCUCAGAACUCUUCAAGUCUAUUGAAGAAUUUGAGAAAAUGCUUGAAGCAAAACGAGUCAACGAAGCAGCUGCAGCAUAGUAUUUGUUACUAAAUUUACUUUUCUAGGUGACAAUGCAUAUAUAUCUGAACUUGAGAAAAGUAAUUAAGUAAAGCCGCACUUCUCUUUCUUUGGAUGUAACAAUUUAUCUGUGUUUUGCCCAACCGUGUUUUUACUAUUGUAAUUAAACGCAUAUGCUUCAGAACUAGACUUCUUGCUUCCAAUUUCUGGGCCAAGAUAGGUAAAUUGAUGCAAAGACUAUUGUUCUUAUGACGUUUUUGUCAGUUUUCUCUACAAAAUAAAAUGAAAUAAAUUGAGAAUCAAUUUCAUCCAA